CACUUUAAUAUUAUCAAUGGUUCUUUAUUUUUCUUCUGCAUCUCUCUACUUUUAUUCCCCUCUCACCCUUCAAAAAGAAAAAAAAAUCAGUUAUGUCUAACACCUUGUUCCUGGAUAUUUUAUUUCUCUCUUGGCUUCCAUGUGAUAACAGGUUCUACGUUGUGAUACCUGUGGGGCAUCAGGGUUUGACAAUGAACUCGUUGUUUGUCACAAGUGCAAUGAAGGCGCAGAGCACACUUAUUGUAUGGAUCCUGAUGAGCAGUCAAAAUUAGAAGCAAAACCGGAACUUCGUAAAGAUUGGACAUGUCAAGAGUGCAUGCCGAGGGAAGGUACUAACAAAUUAGUGCAAGAUGAAGUUGAAGUGGCUGAAAGAAAAAGGAAGGGGCAUCUAUUUGAAAGUUCAACAGACUCUGAAUCUCGUAAAGGCUCAAAAUUAAAAUCUAGAUCUUCAUGUACUGGUAAAAGUGGGGAAAAUGGUGCUGAGUUAUUAUCUAGAAGACCACUAGUCCCUGUUAAAAAGUUUAAAUUGAAAUCGGUAAACAAAAUACUUUAUUCUGGGCCGGAAAGAUCUAGUGGUGAAACUUCAUUUCCUGGACAUAGAAUACUGGUAAGUAAUCACGACACUCACAAAGACCCAAACUCUCCAAAUGCAAAGAAGAAAAAUGAAAGCCAGCAUGGUGAACAGCCCACAAAAGCUGGUACAUCAAUGAGCUUGUCUGAAUUAUGGACGAAUCCUGAUUUUGAUGGAAAUACCUACUUGAGAAACCUGGCAAGCAAUCACAACACUCACAAAGACCCAAACUUUCUAAAUGGAAAGGAGAAAAAUGAGAGUCAGCAAGGUGAACAGCCCACAAAAGCUGGUACAUCAAUGAGCUUGUCUGAAUUAUGGACGAAUCCUGAUUUUGAUGGAAAUACCUACUUGAGAAACCUGGCAAGCAAUCACAACACUCACAAAGACCCAAACUUUCUAAAUGGAAAGGAGAAAAAUGAGAGUCAGCAAGGUGAACAGCCCACAAAAGCUGCUACAUCCAUGACCAUGUAUGAACUAAGGACUGAUCCUGCUUUUGAUGAAAAGACCUACUUGAGAAACUUGGUGCAUGUUGAGGCAGCAUAUCUUUCACAUCGUGUUGUCCCAAAGGCUGAUUACAAAUGGCUAGGCAAGUUUCAGAUACACAACAGUGAGGGGAUUGCAAGGACUUGGGAUGGGAUUCAAGCUCACUUAUCAAAUUGUGCAUCAGUUGAAGUUCUUGAAGUGGCGAAUAGGCUUUCUGAGAUUAUUAUUAUAUUGGAGGAACUACCUCGACUGAGGACUUGGCCAUCUCAAUUUAUGAGAAGUCAAGUCACUGAAAAUGAUAUCGCUCUCUACUUUUUUGCACAUGAUUCUGAUAGCUAUAUAUAUUAUGAACAAUUGGUGAAUUACAUGAUGAAUAAUGAUUUGGCUCUGAAAGGAAAUUUGGAUGGGGUUGAGCUUUUAAUUUUUCCAUCUAACAUUCUGCCUGGUUAUUCCCAGUGUUGGAAUGGCAUGUUCUUCCUUUGGGGUGUAUUCAGAGGACAAAAGGCGAAUAACUCAGCCAGCACACCAGUGUCAAAUUCUCUCAAGCUAAAAGAUGGAGAUGCUGCAACAAUUUUGCCAUCUGAUCUCAAUGUUUAUCCUCAAGAUGGAGAUGCCGUGGCAAUAAUUGAUGAAAUUCCUGAAUCUGAACCUUCAGGAGACACAGUUUUGCUGGUUGGAGAGAAUUCCGAUGGUAAAGGAGGAGUGGCAGAUGCAGAGCAUGAUGCAGUUAUAGAAGAUAUUAAUGUUUCACUUUGGCCUGAAAGUGAAACACAAGAAAAUGGUUCUGUUGGGAUUGAGGACUCUCUUGUACCACUUUCAACUCCAGAUUCAGACGAGUUGCAAGCUGCGAGUGCUUUGUUGUUGCUCGCUGAGGGUUUCAUAAAGUUUUGAGUGCUGCAUUUGAAGAACACCUCUUGUUUAUAGUUGUCCUUUUAUGUUGCGUGUCACUGGGUCACUGAUAUUCAUAAUUCAUAACCUGCGGGUACUUCCAUUCUUCUCUCUAGGGAUAAGUCUUCAAUGCCUCAUGUGAAGAACGCUUUUUUUUUUUUUUUUAGCUACCCUUAAUCCUUUCGUAUAAUUUAGAAUCUAGAAUGGAAUUGUUUGUUUUUGCUUUCCA